AUGACAGGAUCUAUGGCCGAUGUCCCCAAGGACCUCGCCGAAGAGAUUAACAAGCUUGAGAAUCUCUUCACGGUAGAGCCCAGCAAGCUUAAGGAGAUCACCAAUCACUUUGUUUCUGAACUCGCCAAGGGUCUCAGCGUUGAGGGCGGUAGUAUCCCUAUGAACCCUACCUGGGUUAUGUCAUACCCCGAUGGCUAUGAAACCGGCACCUACCUGGCCCUCGAUAUGGGCGGCACCAACCUGAGAGUGUGCCAAAUCACACUCACUGACGAGAAGUCUGAGUUCGACAUCAUCCAGUCCAAGUACCGCAUGCCCGAGGAGCUCAAGUCCGGCACCUCUGAGGAGCUGUGGGAAUACAUCGCCGAAUGUCUCUACCAGUUCCUCGAGACACACCACGGAGACUGCAGCAAAUUGGAGAAGAUCCCUCUUGGUUUCACAUUCUCGUACCCCGCCACCCAGAACUACAUCGACGAGGGUAUCCUCCAGCGAUGGACCAAGGGCUUCGACAUUGACGGUGUCGAGGGCAAGAACAUUGUCCCCAUGUUCGAGGAGGCCUUGAAGGCUCGAGGCGUUCCUAUCAAGCUUGCGGCUAUCAUCAAUGAUACUACCGGCACAUUGAUUGCCUCCGCCUACACCGAUACUGCCAUGAAGAUUGGCUGCAUUUUCGGCACAGGCUGCAACGCCGCAUACAUGGAAGACUGCGGCUCGAUCCCCAAGAUUGCUGACCUGAACCUGCCUGCUGAUUUGCCUAUGGCUAUCAACUGCGAGUGGGGUGCUUUCGACAACGAGCAUAAGGUCCUCCCCCGAACUCCCUACGAUGUCAUUAUUGAUAAGGAGUCUCCUCGCCCUGGCCAACAGGCUUUUGAGAAGAUGAUCGCUGGUCUCUACCUUGGUGAAAUCUUCCGACUCAUUCUUGUCGACCUUCACGACAACAAGUCCAUUCACAUCUUCGAGAACCAAGAUAUUGCUCUCCUCCGCAAGCCUUACUCUCUUGAUGCCUCCUUCCUGUCUGCCAUUGAGGAGGAUCCCUGGGAGAACCUGUCCGAGACAAACGACCUCUUCAACAAGAAGCUGAACUUGAAGUGCACACAACCCGAGCUUGAGCUUAUCCGCAGAACCGCCGAGCUCAUCGGCACACGAGCUGCCCGCCUCUCGGCCUGUGGUGUUGCUGCUAUCUGCAAGAAGAAGAACUACCAAUCUUGCCAUGUCGGUGCUGACGGUUCCGUAUUCAACAAGUACCCCCACUUCAAGGAGCGUGGUGCCAAGGCUCUGCGGGAGAUUCUCGACUGGCCCGAGAAGGCCAACAAGAAGGACGAGGACCCUAUUGAAGUCCUGACUGCUGAGGACGGUAGCGGUGUCGGCGCCGCCCUGAUUGCCGCCCUGACGCUUAAGCGAAUCAACGAGGGUAACAUGGCGGGUAUCCUUCACCCCGAGAACUUCAAAUAA